AUGCAUAUCGCCUUCAGAAGCGAAGAAAUUCGCUCGAUGGUCUUCGAAGAAUUGCCUCGGGCCACUUUAGGUUCCCUCGCGGCGACCUGUCAGGACUUUCACGAGUCAGCUCUACGCAUCCUUUGGCGCGAGUGUUGGAGCCUGGAUCACUUCGUCAAGUUAUUGCCGAAAACAACUUGUAUCUACAUCGUCGACAAAUACCGCGCUCUACGGCGCCCGAAAGCCCAAGAUCUGACAAGAAUACGACAUUACGCGCGAUUUGUUCGCAGCCUGACUAUCGACUUAUCCGAGUACCCGCUGAUAACGGCGCCUGAGGUCUUCCGUGAAGUCUGUACCGUUCUGAAGAACUCGGGCGACUUCCUCUUCCCAAACCUGCGGAAGCUCACGUACCUGGGUGGACAACCUGAUUUCACGGCCCUUGUGUCAGACCUCAUCCCUCCAACGCUGGUGAAGCUCACCGUGUCGAUAGAAAGGGACGCCUCGUCGAUGCUCUUCGCCAGUAUCCUAGCACCAGGCUCCUCCUUCCGCGGCUGCAAAUCGGAAGCGGGCCUACUCCUUGCCUUGAACAACAAGCGCGCAUGUCCUCUCCUUACAGCGCUUGAUAUGCAACAGGGCCCCACGACGUACGAUGCUCACUUCGGUCAGCUUCUUUCCGGUUGGGAUAGUCUGGAGAACGUGAGCAUCUCUGGACGUGUGGACGCAGAUGCCGUGCAAGCGGUGUUGGCCCUCCCCCGUCUGCGGUCGCUCGAGAUCAGUGGGCGUGGGGAUCCCAGCUGUGCCCUUUCGAUCACGAAAGAGCUGCAUGCUAGUGCACCUUCCCUCGAAAAGAUGAAACUCCUCGACCUAGACGACGUCAGAUUCGCAAGCACCCUCCUCAGGUCGCUACAGAGCGUCGAGCUCAUUGACCUGCAUAUCUGCGGGCGCGCCAUAACCCCCGUAUCUCUCGUGGAGUUCUGUGAGGCCGUGGCCCACUGCUGCAGUCACGCAUCGCUGCGCAACCUCGUUAUAGGUCCAGUCAAAGGCAUGCCCAGCACCGUGUUCUCCGAUCCCUUUGAUCUUACGUUCUCUAUGAUCAACCCUCUACUUGCAUUGGCCAACCUUGUGGAACUGGAGAUUAAUCUGUCUUCGUCGGCCUUCACCAACGAUGACCUCCAUGACAUCGCUGUUGCAUUUCCGCGUCUUCAGCGCUUAUCCAUUCAUGGCUGGAACGAGAGCAUAGGGAGGCGCAUUCCCGCGAGCACUCUCGCUGGAUGGGCGUGGCUCGCUCGCCACUGUCGGGACCUUAGGGAACUACACAUCUCAGUGAAUGGCUGCGACACAUGCAUGCCUGUGGGCAUACCCACCGACUGCGCACAGCACUCGCUCAGGCAAAUAACUGUAUCCGCCUCUCCUAUAUUGUCGCACGUUGCUGUGGCCUCGUUCCUUGCGCGAUUCUUCCCGAAAGUCGAUACAGUGAUCGGGGUUAACUGCUCGGACCAGGGAUGGGGGCAGGUGGCAUCUGUGCUGCCUCUCUUCGUCGAGGCCAGGACCAGCGGAUAUCACGGCGACUUUCGUGGCGUACAGGGCUCUUCCCGCCCUGCCACGGCUUCGCUUGACUGGAAUUUCCUCUUACAAUCGAUGCCUAACAUGAAUGUCCUUUUUCACGACUAUAUGAACGAUAUGCCUUCAUGA